UCUCUUCUUUAUCCCCCCUUCGCGUCUCCUCUGUGACACGCCCACUCCCUCCUACUUUGCAAGCAAGUUCAUUUGAUCCUACUUGUCCUUAAUCAACCAUGAGUCAAGAUACCGCUCCCGCUGCUACUCAGGUUCAGGCUGAGGAGGAUGGCCACAAGGUCUUUGUCGGCAACCUCUCCUUCCAGACCACCGAGGCCGAGCUCGCUGACCUCUUUAACAAGCCCAACCCAGUCUUGAAGGCCAACAUCAUCACCCGUGGAGCUCGCUCCCUAGGCUAUGGCUUUGUUGCCUACGAGACCUUGGCCCAGGCUGAGCAGGCUGCUACUACCCACAACAAGACCAACCUCGGUGGUCGUGAGAUCAACGUCGAGGUUGCCAAGCCCAGAGUCGAGCGUCUCCCCAAGGAGAAGACCCCCAAGCAGCCCAAGAGUGCGAAGACCAAGGAUGUCGCUGCUGCUGGAACAGGUGAGAGCUGGGGCAACGCCGACGCCACUGCAACAGGUGACGGUUGGGGUAGCACUGAUGUCGCUGAUGUCGGUGAUGCCGCUGUCAAGCCCAGGACUGGCCGCAACAACCGUUCCCGUGCCAACCGCAAGAACCGUAACAGGGUCAAGAAUGAGGGUGAGGAGGGCACUUUUGAGGAGACUGCUGCUGCUGCCCCUGCUUCCGCCAACGGCGAGACCAAGGAGGGCUCUGGACGCCGCAAGCGCAGCAACCGUCGCCAUAGUCGCAAGGAAGGCAACGGCGAUGCUGCUGAGGGUGGUGCCGGUACCUCGGCUCCCUGGACUCCUCGUCCUGUCGGUCCUCCUUCAAAGACGACUGUCUUUGUUGCCAACCUCCCCUUUGCGAUGGAGGACGAUGGUCUGAAGGCACUCUUUGCCGACUUCAAGGUCGCCUCUGCCCACGUUGUCCGUCGUCAUGGCUCUGGUCGCUCCAAGGGCUUUGGAUUUGUUGAGCUCGUGGAUGAGGCUGAGCAGCAGAACGUGCUCGAGAAGAUGAAGGAUGCUCAGGCGGACGGCCGCGACCUCGUCAUCAAGGUCGCGCUUUCAGAGGAGCAGACCUCGUCCGAGGCCGGGGAGGUCAAGAGCACUGAGGUCACUGCGUAAUUUUACCAUGAAAUUAUUUAUUUCGAAAAAAGAAAAAGAAUCUUAUGAACGAAGUAAACGAUUGUACAGCAUUUUUUUUU